AUGCGCCAGGAGGCCACUCGCGAUGCCCGCUUGAAAUUCAUGAAGGAAGCACGCUUGAUGCGGCGAUACGAGCACAAGCACGUGGUCCGGAUUCUUGGCGUAGCCGUACACGAGCACCCACUGAUGAUCGUAAUGGAGAACUGCCCUGGUUUGCUUCCCGCAUACUCAUACUGCCAUCAGAAGUCUACUUUGCCCUUAUACCUCACUUAG